CCUGUCUGAUUCCGACUGAAACACGUCUUAGUUUUACGUUAAAAACCUUUAAACGGUGAUUAUAAAAUACUGCCAUGAAGCUAUAAGUCGUGUCGAAACUGCAACAGUGUAAUAAGCCUGUUUAAUUUAGACGACUGUUUAUAAGUUAAACUACCAGGUUAAAACAACCCAUUUAUAAUUUCCUUUAAAGAAAAGGAAAUAUGUAAACCUUUUAAGUAGUACAAGGUAGCUCGUUUCCACUCGGCCCCUUUACACACGGGGACCGACGCUAUCAUGGCAGCGGCCGGGGAACACAUGAAGGUGGAGGCUGGAGGAGAAGAGGACAAACUGCAGGUCUUAAAAGGCGCAGCGUUCCUGAGCGUGGUGGCGUCUGCCGGCAUGCUCGCAGGGUUCGGCUCCACGUUAGCCGUGGCCAAGAAGAAAAGCCCCGGCUGGUUCAGCAAGGGUGUUGCAGCGACGGCGGCGGUCCCUGAGAGCGGGGCCUCCCUGGCCCUCAGAGCUCUGGGCUGGGGGUCUCUGUACGCCUGGGGGGGGGUCGGGCUGCUCUGCGUCUCUGUGUGGAAGGUGCUCGGGGUCCACAGCCUGGCAGAGUUCAGGCUGAAAAUGCAGUCCUUCGUCCCAGCCGUCCCAAAGACCCCCGAGACCCCCGGGAUCGAACCUGUGGACUGGAGCUCCGUCUUCAAGUGACUGCAUUCUCCUGCAGAAACAUCUGCACCUGAACGCAUCGUCUCUUGAGUGGACGGAGGGCCUGAGAGCUGAGGAAGCAGUCGUGUAAAUCUGUACAGAAUCUCGUUAUGUGGAGAGCCCAGAGUCUUAUAGUCUCCAGCUCAACAGGGCUCUGAGCUGCAGACAGGAGGACAUGAACUGAAGAUAUUUGUGUCUGGGUAUAAACUCCACACCAGUCGUCUCCUGACAGCAGGAUGGAGCUACCGAUCGCUCUACUGAUCCACUGAUCCUCAGGAGGAGCCGCAUCCAGAGGAGCUCUGUGAUUAACUUUGUUUGUGAAUAAAUACAUUUCUGAAGCGUC